AUGUCACAUACACCGUGGAAGGUUGUGGAUGCCGUGCUUACCGAUAACUUGUGGGUAGAUCGCAUACAACAGCUUGGCAAAGACGAAAUCCGCCUGAUCAGAGUCCUCCCAACGAGGACGUCCACAAUCAAGCUCGAAAUAUUGCACAGAUCCAUCACAAGCCCUCCAGACUACGUGGCGGUAUCUUACACCUGGGGGGAUCCGGGAGACACCAAACGCUUAGACCUCGAUGGUACAGAAAUCCGUGUUUCUUCCAGCCUCCAUGGCGCGUUGAGGGCACUUCGACAGCACCAAGAAUCAGUUCUCGUAUGGGUAGAUGCACUCAGUAUUAACCAGCAAGACUCUGUGGAGAAGACCCUGCAAAUACAGCUCAUGACAAGAAUCUACAGGUUAGCAAAGUCUGUAGCCAUUUGGCUGGGACCUGAAGCAGAUGAGAGCGAUUCCGCCACGAGAUUUCUCAAAGAAGUGGCCCAGAAACCAGAUGCCAGGGACUUCACACCACUCAUUUCAUCAGGCAUAAGGAAGGCGGAAGUACGCGCUGUUAUCUCUCUAUUCGAGAGAGAGUAUUGGAACCGACUAUGGGUUGUUCAAGAGGUCUUCAAUGCUCGCAAGAUCCUGGUUUAUUGUGGCUCCAGUGUUCUCCCGUGGGAAACUUAUACGGACGCUGCCAGUGUUUUCCGGAACAAUAUGAAGGUCUUGAACCGCUAUUUGUCUGGCACUGAACAAGGCAAGACCUAUACAGGAGUCUCGCGGAAUCACUUCACCUACGCCGCAAUCCUAGCAAAUCAUGGCCCUUCGAGUCUUCCUAAGAGUCGAUCCCUUACCGGGUUCAUUUUUGGGGAGUACUCUUUACUGGAGGUAAUGAGGGCAUGCAGAACCAAAAAUGCGACUGAUCCAAAGGAUAAAGUGUUUGGAACCCUGGGCUUACUCUCUGAAGAGUUGCGAAAUGAUAUUAGAGUCGACUACAGAUCGACUGUAAAGUCAAUCUACACACACAUCGUCGACUUGAUCGUGUCAACCACAGGACGUUUGGAUGUCAUUUGCGAUUCUAUCCAUUAUCCACUGCACGCGAACAACGCUAGCCUCCCUUCUUGGGUCCCUGACUGGUCACAUAAUCCUGGCACAAAGGCCAUGGGCGCCAUGAACCUCACUUCAAAGUUUUCGGCAUCUUUAAGCCAGAAGGCAAAAGUUGCCUUGGACGGCAAUUUAUUGGAGUUGAGUGGCGUCGAAAUCGACACCAUAGAAGUUCACGGUAUUGCGGUUGGCCCUCUAGGAAAGCUGGCCGAUUACCUGAUGGCGUUUGUCCAUUGGAGGGCAUUGUUCCUGGGACAAUACAAAGGAGAAAAACUUGACAACCAGUAUCACUUCUUCCGAGCGCUUUGUCUUAAUCAAAUGCCCUCGGAAGUGAAAAGUCCCGGGGACUGGGUGACGGCUUGCAACCACGUCUUCGCAUCCUUGCUACGUGAACGUCUGCCUGAGCUCCCUCUUGACCGGGAACUCGAGGAUUACGUCCACGCUACAAGAACGAUCGGACCCCAGGAUCGACGACAGUUUCUUCAAGAACACUUUGGAGACCGUCGCCUCGGGAUGGGGUCAGGCUACAUGGCUGUCGGCGAUGCCAUUAUUGUGCCGUUUGGUUGUUCUACCCCUAUCAUCAUCCGUCCGGAAGGGAGUGACGGGGGUUACCGCUACGUUGGAGACGCUUAUCUCAACGGCUUUAUGUACGGGAGAGCGAUUGACCAGUGGAGAAAGGGGGAAAGGAAGGAACUAAAGUUCAAGUUGCGCUGA